GCCAACCCGAUUCCCCCACUCAUUUCCCUCCUCCACUCAACUCGAGCUCCACCUCCACCGCUCCAAUGGCGGCGGUGGCCGGAACCCUAGCUCCACUCUUCCUCCUCCCCCUACGCCGUCGUCCUCCACUCCCCCACCCCAUCUCCCUGAUGCCGACGUCCCCCUCCACCCUCCGCCCCCGCCACCGCCGCCGCCUCGCCGUCGCCCUGGCGGCGAACGGCGGAGGCGGCGGCGAUGGCGAUGGUGGGCCCCCGGCGGAGGAGGGGGAGGAGAAGCGGCGGAAGGGCCCGUCGCUCCCGGCGCUGUCGGAGAUCCGGUGGGGGGAGCUGCUGACCCCGGAGCCAGCGAACGCGGCGGCGGUGGCGCUGUCGGCCGCGCUCGCCUGGGCCGGCGCGUCGCUGCUGCUGCAGCUGGCGCUCAUCUCGUUCGCCAUAUUCACCGCCGCCGUCAAGUACUCCUUCGUCGCCGCGCUCCUCCUCUUCGUCCUCAUCGCUCUCCUGUGACUGUGAUAUAACCUUUGGCCUGGACUAGACUUGAAGCUACAGCUGUGGCACUAGUAACAAGGAGAUAUUGACCUUGUGUUCCUCUCAAAUCGAAGUACACAUGCAGGUGGAUGGCCUGCUUUUAUAUACCAGUCCACCUUCAAGGGAAUAUGAGUAUGACCUUUGGAUAGCACUGAUUGCUUUGUUGUAAGCCACUGAAAAGCAUCUUGCAGGUCACUGUACAUCUUUCUUCCUGCUCAUGUAGAUUCUUAUAAAUAUUGUCAUAUCUCUAUAUGAUAUACUUGUAUAAUUGCUGUUCGUUUGUUAUGAUUAAUUUAGCUGUUCCUCUAAGAUCUUAUGUCACAUCUAAUGACUUCUCCAUUGUUCUUUCCCUUAAAGUUGGCUUAUCUUGAGCAUAUAGAGCUGGCCAUACAUUUAUUCUCCAGUUCUGUUGUAUGACUUACUCUUUUACCUUGUUUAUGGAAUCAAGUUCCUGUACGUC